GACUCCGCUGCCCAGAGCCGGCCCGGGCCGCGCUCCCGGCCCGCCCCUCGCCCUCUGCCCUUCUCCGCCGCCAUGCCGGGCCUCGGCCGGCUCCUGCUGCUGCUCUCCGCGCUCUGCCCGCCCGCCCGCAGCCUCCGCCAUGGGCCCUCCAAGAUCGCCGUGGUGGGCGGCGGGAUCGGCGGCUCGGCCGCCGCGUAUUUCCUGCGGCAGAAGUUCGGCCGCAGCGUGCAGCUGCACGUGCUGGAGAAGGCAGCGGUGGGCGGCCGGCUGGGCACGCUGGACGUGGAGGGGGCCAGCUACGAGUCAGGGGGGUCCGUGAUCCACCCCCUCAACCUGCACAUGAAGCAUUUUGUCAAGGAGCUGGGCCUCUCGGUCGCCUCACCCCAGGGCAGCCUGGCGGGCGUUUACAACGGGGAGGAAUUUGUGUUUGAGGAGAGCAGCUGGUCCUUCAUCAACCUCCUCAGGCUGCUGUGGCACUAUGGCCUCAACCCCCUGCGCAUGUCCAUGUGGGUGGAGGACAUCCUGGACAAGUUCAUGAGGAUCUACCGGUACCAGAUGCACGACUACGCCUUCAGCAGCAACGAGCGCCUGCUGCACGCCCUGGGCGGCGACGACUUCGCGCGGCUGCUCAACCAGAGCAUCGACCAGGCCCUGCAGGAGGCAGGCUUCUCCCAGAAAUUCAUCAACCAGGUGGUGUGCCCGGCCAUGAGGGUGAACUACGGCCAGGGGGUCACCGUCAAUGGCUUUGUAGGUGCUGUGUCCCUGGCUGGGGUGCAGUCAGGCCUUUGGUCUGUCAAAGGGGGGAACAAACUUGUGUGCUCUGGCCUCAUCUACUCCUCCAAGGCCGAGGUUAUCCCAGGAACAGUGGUGUCCAUCGAGCCAAAAACCAGGCACAAGCGUGGCGGGGACGUGGUGAAGCUCUACGAGGUCACCUACAACACGUCCUCGGGGCUGACAGGGGACACCUACGACAUCGUCGUCAUCGCGGCCCCGCUCGGCCGCAGGAUGGCCAACAUCACCUUCCGCAACUUCGACCCUCCCGUCCCGGAAUUCCUGAACCCCUACCACCAGACCGUCACCACCCUGGUGCACGGGCGCUUGAACACCUCCUUCUUCGGCUACCAGGACCCCCAGGCCUUUCACCUGGGGGCCAUUUUCACCACGGACAACCCCAAACUGUUCAUCAACAGCCUGGGUGUGGUGUCCCCCGUGGGGGACACGGGCGCGGGCGGGAAGCCGCCGUUGCCGUCGGCCGUCUGGAAGGUGUUUUCCAACGAAGAGCUCACCAAGGAGCAGCUCAGUCUGCUCUUCUCCUCCUACGACUCGGUGAAGGUGAAGCCGUGGCUGGCGUAUCCCCAGUACAGCGCCGCCGAGAAGUUCCCUCCCAUCAUCCUGCACGAGCAGCUCUACUACCUGAACGGGCUGGAGCGCGCCGCCAGCGCCAUGGAGAUGAGCGCCAUCGCCGCCCGCAACGCCGCCCUGCUCGCCUUCCACCGCUGGCACGGCCACAGCGCCAGCGUCGACCAGGAGGACCUGCACGAGAAGCUCAAAACGGAGCUCUGACACGCCCCCAGGGCUUAAUUAACACUAACGAACGCUGUGCCUCGCCCCUCUAAGGAGGUGUUCUGUAGGAUCGCGGAAUCCUUACGGUUGGAAGGUCUUUAAGAUCAUCAUGACCUUCAAGAUCUUCAAGAACAUCAAGAUGCUGUAAUUAACUCUAGUGAACUCCAUACUUGGUCCCUCCAUGCACGUGUUUCAUAGGAUCAUGGGAUCCUUAAGGUUGGAAGAUCUUCAAGAUCGUCAAGACCUUCGAGAUCCCAUAAUUAACAUUAAUGAACUCUCGGCUUCGCCCCUCCAAGGAGGUGUUUCGUAGGAUCAUGGGAUCCUUAAGGUUGGAAGACACUCAAGAUCAUCAAGACCUUCAAGAUGCCGCAAUUAACAUUCAUGAACUCUGUGCUCCGCCCCUCCAAGGAGGUGUUUCAUUGGUUCAUGGGAUCCUUAAAGUUGGAAGAGCAUCAAGAACUUCAAGACCAUCAAAACCUUCCAAGACUUUCAGGAUCAUCAAGACCCUCAAGCUCAUCAAGGCCUUCAAGUCCAACCAUGAGCCCAACCACGUUCACCAUUGACGAUGUCCUCAAGUGCCACGCCCAUGCAUUUUUUGGAAACUUGCAGGGAUAGUGACUCUACCACAGCCUAGGCUGACAGCCCUUCCUUCCCCAUACCUCAUCUUGACGUCCCCGGUGCCACCUGGAAGCUGUUUGGCCAGCUCUGGAGGGAGCAGGAGCAGGGAAGCGUUCCCAAGUAAGCCAUUUUCCUCACACAAACUCCUUGAUUUAUCCCUGUCUGAGGUUAGGGAAUUCAUUGGAAGUGCCACAUUGACCCCAAAAGUGCCCUCCAGCUGGAAUGUCGACUCCCUGCUGUCCGUCCCUCUGCCCCAACUCUUCCUGCCAAAGAGUAAUUCCUCAGGGUGGCAAUGGGGGAAUGGGGUGCUGGGAGCUGCCAAAAUGGGUGGGAAAGAGGAAAAACCACCAAUAUCCAUUGCUGUGUUCAGGUAUGAAGGAGUAAAUAAAGAAUUGAACAAUG